GGAGAGAGAGCUUGGCAGGCGUAGUCUCAGGGUUCGGGUUUGGCUGGAGCUGUUUGCGAUUCGACCUUCCUGUUCAGGGAUCUGGUAUCUGUAUCAUCCUGCGUGCAAAUGUUGUCCUCUUUCUCUCGUCCUCAAGCUGUAACAAACACACGUCAAUGCCUUUGGUAGACCCUAUAACCAUGGCUUCGGCAGUCAGCAAGAAGGGCGCUGCGUCCCAAACCGUCACGGUGGAAUCGAGUGCUUCACCUACAGCCGAGACGUAUAACCUCCUCCCGGUGUCCAUCAACCAGACGCCGCUCGCCCAGACCCUCCGCCAUGCUCAACCUCUGUUGUUGUCGGGCGUCCUCGCCUUUGGGUUCUCCUCGCUGGUCAAGGACCCAGUAGCGGCCAUGUCCUCGACCACGUUGCCAUUGACGGCCGCGCUGCAGGCUGUCUAUGCCGUUAUCUGCCUUCCUGUCGCUGGGCGCGGAGGGAAUGAUACGGCGAAGAAGGCCAAACCAAGACCGGGGGAGAAGACGGGCAAGAAGAGGGCGAAGGAGGGGGGAAACAAUGCCUAUGUGCUCGCCGCCCUCUCGCUCCUUAUCACUGCUCUCGUUACUCCGUUCAUCUACGCCUCCAUGGUUCUUUUCGGUGCGCCUUUCCUCACCCACGGGUCUCAUACGCUUCUCUGCGCCGCCCACUUGUCUCUGCUGGGACUCUUCCCGCUCUUCUACGUUCAUGGUGUCGAUGCUAGUGCUUGGGCUGCUGUUGGUGGUUUCCGCGCGCCGUUGGACGAAACGUUUGGAGGUCUUGCGGGUGCUCUUGUUGGUGCUUGGCUGGGCGCUGUCCCCAUUCCUCUGGACUGGGACAGAGAUUGGCAGAGAUGGCCAGUAACUAUCCUGGUCGGCAUCUAUGGUGGAUAUGUGCUGGGCAAGGUCAUUGGUGGUACAGCGGCUUGGGGAAAGAAGUUCUGA